GGUUCGAGAUCGCGGAGCGCAGAGGCGAUGGGCACGCCGUCGUCGGACGGCGGUAGCCACGGCAAAAGCCGGCGGAUCUUGCCGUCGUUGAGACGCAUAUCAACAACACCAUUGAAGCCGAGACGUCGGUCUUCGUCCGAAUCGUCCGAAUCGUCGUGUCCGUCGGCGCCGACGGCUCCCAAACAGCCGGCCAGGCCGAGCCCGUUGAGGAGCGCGGCCGUGGCCGCAGCGCGCAAAACGCGCCGAUUGUUCGGCGCUAAAUCCAAUGACAUUUCACCUGAAAACGAAAGACGGAUACGGGCUAACGACACGGCUUUCAAUUCGCAGUUCAACUAUUCAGAUAAUUACAUCCAGACGUCCAAGUACACGCUGGUGUCGUUUGUGCCAGUCAACCUGAUCGAGCAGUUCCAGCGGCUGGCCAAUUUCUAUUUCCUGUGCCUUUUGGUGCUCCAGUUCAUCCCGUUCAUCUCGUCGCUGACGCCAGUCACCACUGCCGUGCCUCUCAUCGGUGUCCUGCUCCUAACGGCCAUCAAAGAUGCCUACGAUGAUUUCCAAAGACAUCGGAGCGACUCGCAAGUGAAUAAUCGAAAGUCGCACGUCUUGCUCAAUGGCAAGUCGGUGGAAGAGCGUUGGCACAAAGUGCAGGUGGGCGACAUCAUUCGCAUGGAAAACGAUCAGUUCAUCGCGGCUGAUCUUCUUCUUUUGACCACGUCCGAGCCCAACGGCCUCUGUUAUAUUGAAACGGCCGAGCUGGACGGGGAGACCAAUUUGAAAUGCCGCCAGUGCCUGAUGGAGACGGCCGAAAUGGGCCAGGACGAGGCUAGGAUCGGCGGUUUCGACGGAGAGAUCGUCUGCGAGCCGCCCAAUAAUCACUUGAACAAGUUUGAGGGCCGGUUGACGUGGAACGGCAAGCAGUACUCGCUGGACAAUGACAAGAUCCUGCUCCGCGGAUGCGUUCUGCGCAACACGCAGUGGUGCUACGGCGUCGUCGUCUUCGCCGGACGCGACACGAAGCUGAUGCAGAAUUCGGGCAAGACGAAAUUCAAACGGACCUCUAUUGAUCGUCUGCUCAACUUUAUCAUCCUCGGGAUUGUUUUCUUUCUGCUGUCGAUGUGCCUGUUCUGCACGAUCGCCUGCGGCGUCUGGGAGACGGUGACGGGCCAGCACUUUCGCUCCUACUUGCCGUGGGAUCCGCUGAUUCCGGCCGAGCCCAAAGCUGGCUCCACCGUCAUUGCCUUGCUCAUCUUCUUCUCGUACGCCAUCGUUCUCAACACAGUGGUGCCCAUCUCGCUCUACGUCAGCGUCGAAGUCAUCCGGCUGGCCCAGUCUUUCCUCAUCAACUGGGACCAGCAAAUGUUCUACGAAAAGACGCAAACACCCGCCAAGGCGCGCACGACGACACUCAACGAGGAGCUCGGCCAAAUCGAGUACAUUUUCUCCGACAAGACGGGCACGCUGACGCAAAACAUCAUGUCAUUCAACAAGUGCUCCAUUGGCGGAUCUUGCUACGGCGACGUCUUUGACGCAUCCAACGGCGAAAUCAUUGAGCCUAACGAGAAUACCAAAACAGUGGACUUCUCUUUUAAUCCGCUUCACGAACAAACGUUCAAGUUUUACGAUCAGACACUUGUCGAUUCGAAUCGUGAACAAGAUCCCACCUGCCAUGAAUUCUUCCGACUUCUGGCACUCUGUCACACCGUCAUGCCCGACGAGAAAAAUGGAAAACUGGAAUACCAAGCCCAAUCGCCGGACGAAGGAGCUUUGGUAUCAGCAGCUCGCAAUUUUGGUUUCGUCUUUAAAGCACGCACACCAGAUUCUGUCACCAUCGAGGUGAUGGGAAAGACGGAAGUCUACGAAUUGCUGUGCAUUUUGGAUUUCAACAACGUCCGUAAACGAAUGUCGGUCAUCCUUCGCGGUCCCAAUGGCAAAAUCCGCCUCUACUGUAAAGGAGCCGACUCGAUCGUCUACGACCAUCUGCAGUCGGGAAAUGACGACAUUAAGAACAAAACACAAGAACAUUUAAAUAAAUUUGCUGGUGAAGGUUUAAGAACGUUAUGUUUGGCAAUCCGUGACGUGGACGAAGCUUAUUUUGAAGACUGGAAGGAACGACAUCACGAAGCCUCGGUUUCGAUGAAGUCGCGAGAAGAACGUCUGGACAAACUGUACGAAGAAAUCGAACAGAAUCUGACACUGUUGGGUGCAACGGCCAUUGAAGAUAAACUUCAAGAUGGGGUGCCACAAACUAUUGCUAACCUUGCGAUUGCUGGAAUUAAAAUUUGGGUGUUGACUGGAGAUAAACAAGAAACUGCCAUCAACAUUGGAUAUUCUUGCCAGCUGUUGACCGACGAGAUGGUCGAUAUUUUUAUAGUCGACGGCCAGAACGUCGAAGAUGUCGAGCUGCAAUUAAUCAAAUGUCGAGAAUCUCUGCGUGGAUAUGCCCGCAGUCAAGUCCAAACUGCUCUCAGUGGAAUCAGUGACCGUGGCUAUUCGUCCAGCAUCGGUGGUGAAAUGGAGGACAUGGCGUGCGGACCAGAAUUGACGGGAAUCGACGAGGACAACAACACGGGUUACGCCUUAGUCAUCAACGGCCAUUCGUUGGUCUACGCCCUGCAGACCAAGUUGGAAAAACUGUUUCUCGAUGUCGGUACACAAUGCAAAGCAGUGAUUUGCUGCAGAGUGACACCACUUCAGAAAGCCAUGGUGGUCGAUUUGGUGAAAAAAUACAAACAAGCCGUCACGCUAUCUAUCGGUGACGGAGCCAACGACGUAUCAAUGAUCAAAACAGCCCACAUUGGCGUUGGCAUCAGCGGUCAGGAAGGCAUGCAGGCCGUCUUGGCGUCAGAUUACAGCAUUGCCCAAUUUCGGUAUCUCGAACGUUUGCUGCUCGUCCACGGGCGUUGGUCCUACCUUCGCAUGGCCAAGUUUUUACGCUACUUCUUCUACAAGAACUUUGCCUUCACCCUCUGCCAUUUUUGGUUCGCCUUCUUUUGCGGAUUCUCCGCCCAGACUGUGUUUGAUCCAAUGUUCAUCUCGGUGUACAACCUGUUCUACACGUCUCUGCCCGUCCUGGCGUUGGGCAUCUUCGACCAAGACGUCAAUGACGUCAACAGCCUCAAGUACCCCAAGCUCUUCACACCCGGCCAUCUCAACCUGCUGUUCAACAAGGCGGAAUUCUUCAAGAGCGCCAUGCACGGAUGCAUCACGUCCUGCGUCCUCUUCUUCAUUCCCUACGGUGCCUACUUCGACGGUGCCUCGCACCAAGGGCACACAACUUCGGAUCAUCAGCUGAUUGGCAGCGUCGUGGCCACCAUCCUGGUCGUCGUGGUGACGGUGCAAAUCGCGCUGGAUACGGCCUACUGGACAGUGUUCAAUCACAUCACCAUCUGGGGCUCGCUCGUCUGGUACUUUGCCCUGCAAUAUUUUUACAACUUCGUCAUCGGCGGAUCCUAUGUCGGCUCGCUCACCAAGGCGAUGGGAGAGGCGACGUUUUGGUUCACGCUGGUCUUGUCCAUCGUCAUCGUCAUGAUUCCCGUCGUUGCGUGGAGAUUCUACUUUUUCGACGUUCAUCCAACGCUGGCCGACCGCGUCCGUUUCAAGCAGAGACAGCCUCGCAUCCGGGCGCACAAAUCUCAAGACUUUUUGCGGACGCCUUCGGCUCGUCGCAGUCGACGAUCGCUGCGAUCCGGCUACGCCUUCGCCCACCAGGAAGGUUUCGGCAAACUCAUCACAUCAGGCAAGAUUAUGCGCAAGACGGGCUUGAAUUUCGGGACGAAAGCAAGCAGCAACAAUGCGGCAAACAACAACAGUGGAAGCAGCCACAGCGUGUCGACAGGUGGCGGCCUGGCCUCACUGGCCGAUCACCCUGACGGUCCAGUUUCGGGCAUUUUUUACCAUCCGAUGGGAGAGAACGAUAGAAGUAUGCAGCCCAGUACGCGCCAGUCUCACAAUGGCAGUAGCGUCCAGCCGCGAGCUUCGUCCGUCGCUUACGCGCGCACGGCCAACAAUAGUAGCCGGCCACGAUUGCAGGAUCCCUACGCCAUCACCGUAGAUCUGGAGUCUGGCGGAGAGCCUGCCUUACCCAAUACAAUGUCGACGUGAUGGGCGUCCAAACAAUUCGGACCAAAAAUGUUUCUAUUUU